AUGCUGAGCGCUGUGCUGCGAAGAAGGGGUUGCUCCUGUGUCAGGCGCAGGAGGAGUCUGUGCCCCACUCUCCCUAGCAGCAGUGGCUGCCCUGCCUCGCCCCUCUGCCCCAGCCCUCUGAGAAUCCUCUCCUCACCUAGCAGCAGCAGAGGGGUGCAGGGAAGCUCUCUCCAGCCAGGUGCUAAUAAGGUGAAGCCGCUAGAAGGUGUGAAAAUUCUUGAUCUAACAAGGGUACUUGCAGGACCCUUUGCAACAAUGAAUUUAGGAGACCUAGGAGCAGAAGUUAUUAAAGUGGAAAGACCAGGAGUUGGUGAUGACACAAGAGCCUGGGGACCACCUUUUGUUGGAACAGAAAGCAUUUAUUUUCUCAGUGUAAAUCGAAAUAAAAAGAGUAUAGCUGUCAAUAUGAAAAAUCCAAAAGGAGCAAAGAUAAUCAGAGAGCUUGCAGCUGUGUCUGAUGUUUUUGUGGAAAAUUAUGUCCCUGGGAAACUGGCUGAAAUGGGCCUGGGGUACGAAGACAUUAACAAGAUUGCUCCUCACAUUGUGUACUGUUCAAUAACAGGUUAUGGUCAGACUGGUCCAGCGUUUCAGCGAGCAGGUUAUGACUCUGUUGCAGCGGCUGUUUCUGGUCUUAUGCAUAUCACAGGGCCGGAGGAUGGUGAUCCGGUUAGGCCAGGAGUAGCCAUGACAGACCUUGCUACAGGGCUGUACACGUAUGGAGCAAUCAUGGCCGGCCUGCUUCAAAGAUAUAAAACCGGGAAGGGACUUCACAUUGACUGCAAUCUAUUGUCAUCUCAGGUUGCAUGUCUUACCCAUAUAGCAGCUAAUUACCUUAAUUGCAAAAUGGAAGCAAAGCGGUGGGGUACUGCUCAUGGCAGUAUUGUUCCUUAUCAGGCUUUCAAAACUAAGGAUGGCUACCUGGUGGUGGGAGCUGGGAAUGAUCAGCAAUUUGUCACCGUGUGCAAGAUCCUGAAUUUGCUUGAAGUUAGUAAAGAUUCCAGAUAUAAAACUAACAAACUCCGAGUGCAGAACAGGAAAGAGCUUAUUGAAAUAUUAUCAGCCCGGUUUUCAGAAAAAAUGACCACCAAAUGGCUUGAACUCUUUGAAGGUAGUGGUGUUCCAUAUGGUCCAAUCAACAGUAUGCAGCAAGUAUUCUCGGAUCCUCAGCUUUCAACUACCUAUAAAAAUGUGAUUCAAGUCAUUUAUGUUGAGUAUGAGGCUAGUAACAUGGUAUAA